CUUUUGUCAGCUGGGAUAAAGAUUUCACUUUUUAUUCCCCCCACUUUUACUCAAAUGGUAACAAGUGUCAUAGAGGCAGCAGCUGCAAUCCAACUCAAGUUGGCCAUCUCUGCUGGAAACUAGUGCUGUGCCACAGUGCAAAUUUUGGUAUCCAUCUGAUACCAUGGGUUUUUUUUUGAGAUGUAAACAGCAAUGUAAAUGUUCCUGUCUCUAAAGGAUCCCCCUGUGUUUAAAUGUGCUGUAGGAGGCUAUAAAUAAAACAGAAGUCACAGUCAACACAAGAAGGUCCAGAUAUUUUUCAUAGCGCACGUUUGAGGUAUAUUUUUUUCAUUACCAAAAAUAAUCAAUGUAAAACAUCAGUGGACUACACACUAAACACAUAGGAUUUAAAGAAAGUAUCGAUCCUAUAAUGCUGAUAUCGUUCUGAUACCAAUAUCAGCGCCGAUAUCGAAACUAUCGUUGCAACACCUGUACUGGACAGCGCAAGCACUGCUCAGCACAUAUAAACAUAAACAGGUGAUCUGAAAUAUCAGAUGGAUGAGGUACUUAACGAGGGGCAAACUUCUUCAAGGGGUCAGCUGUAUUAUGGGUAUUUACCAGUGAUAGGGAAAGAAGUGCAUGAGGCGGCACAAUGUGAGAGGACAAAGAGCUGCUGCCGCUGCUCAUGUGCUGUGAUUGUAUUGGAAAAUCGGCUUAAUUUAAGAUGCAAAUAUUUUUAAGGUUUUUAAAUGACCCUACACGAGUAAUUAUUCCCAUAAAUGCCCACAAGCAAACAAAUGAAUGCACGCCAUGAUCAGUUUUAGCAGAUGUGGGGCUAUUUGCAUUUUUCCACUCAAGGAGGAGUAUUGAUAUUACCUCGAGGACAAUUAAAAAUUUAAUGAUGCUGGAAGUAAACAAAAGUAAAUAAAUAAAUAAGUAAAUCUGGUGGACAGGAGUUACUAUCAACAAUGUUCCUCUCUUCUUUGCACUGCACGGCAGAAUUAUUGCUUAAAGUCAGAAAAAUGUCUUGGGAUUAUUUUCCACCCAAAAUAGUUGGUUUAAGAAAGCUGCGGUGGAGCUUAUGUGUUGUGUAAUCACGCUGACUGCGUUUCAAAACUCCUCCUGCAGCAACUACAUCCAGUUCAUAGUUCACAGCCUUCCCUGAGGCGAUUGUUAAGAAUUUCUGCAGAAGUCCUCUCUGCCUUUAAGUGGGCCCGCAUGACGUCGCUCAGCGUUGAACUGUAGAAGCGGGCUCCAAAGCUGCACACAAAAACAAGAGGGACGCGGGAAAGCAGCGUGGAAGUUCAAAAAAACGCCCCCAGCAACAAUGCUUCUCAGGCUAAAACACUCAGUCCAGCGCCUGAAUAACGGCGCUCCUGUCCUGCGGGAGAAGACACUCGGGAGGUUUGCGUGGACUCUCUGUGCAGCAGCAAAGCGAAACGCAGGUGAAGCAUCUGGGAGUUUUAAGUCGCACUUCCCCACGAAGUGCUGCAGAAAGUAUGCGUCUGAUGCUGCGUACGGCCGAGUCUUCGCGGCGGCCAGGGACAACCCCGAGAAGUUUUGGGCUGACGUGGGGCGCGACAUAAACUGGUUUGAGCCGUGGAGUAAAACUCUACACGUUGAGGAUCCGGUGUUCCCAAACUGGUUUGUCGGCGGAAAGCUAAACAUGUGCUACAAUGCCGUGGAUCGACACGUGGAAAGCGGCCGUGGAGAGCAGCCUGCGAUCAUAUAUGACAGCCCGGUGACCGGAACUAAACAGAUCAUCACUUUCAGGGAACUUCAGGACCAGGUGUCCAGGUUAGCAGGAGUCUUGGUGAAGCAUGGGGUACAGAAAGGAGACCUUGUUGUCAUCUACAUGCCCAUGGUGCCACAGGCCAUGUUCACCAUGUUGGCCUGUGCACGGAUCGGUGCCCCACACAGCCUCAUUUUUGGCGGCUUCGCCUCUAAAGAGCUGUCUGUCCGCAUCAAUCACGCUAAGCCCAAGCUUUUGGUUACAGCCUCAUUUGGCAUCGAGCCAGGCAGAAGAGUGGAGUACAUCCCUCUGGUGAAGAAGGCCCUGGAGAUGAGCUCUCACAGGCCCACGAAGGUCCUCAUCUACAACAGGCCGAACAUGGAAAGGGUGUCGAUGAGUCGUGAGUUGAGCCUGGACUGGGAUGAAGAGAUGGCCACUGCUAGGCCACACGACUGUGCCUCUUUGCCCUCCAACCAUCCGUUGUAUGUACUCUAUACAUCUGGGACCACUGGGACGCCAAAGGGUGUUGUGCGAGACACUGCAGGCUAUGCUGUGAUGCUGAAAUGGACCAUGUCAAAUAUUUAUGGACUCAGUCCCGGAGAAGUUUGGUGGGCAGCUUCAGACCUAGGCUGGGUGGUUGGCCAUUCUUAUAUCUGCUAUGCUCCUUUGCUACACGGUAACGGCACUGUUCUCUAUGAGGGAAAACCUGUAGGGACUCCAGACUCCGGGGCCUUCUUCCGUGUCUUGUCUGAACAUGGAGUCUCUUCAAUGUUCACAGCGCCCACUGCUAUCCGUGCUAUCCGCCAGCAGGACCCCCAAGCUACAUGUGGAAAAAAAUAUCCACUGACCAGGUUGAGGUCAUUAUUCGUGGCAGGAGAGCGAUGUGAUGUGGAGACCCUGCAAUGGGCAAAAGGGAACUUUGGAGUUCCUGUUCUGGAUCACUGGUGGCAAACUGAAACUGGCUCAGCUAUUACUUCCAGUUGUAUCGGUCUGGGAAACUCACUCACGCCACCUGCAGGCCAAGCUGGCAAACCGGUUCCAGGUUACAAUGUCACAGUGAUCGAUGAUAACAUGCAGGAGGUGAAGCCAAGAAGCCUGGGAAAUAUUGUGGUGAGAUUGCCUUUACCACCUGGGGCGGCAUUGUCUUUAUGGCAGAAUCAAGAUCUGUUCAAGAAACUCUACUUCACAAAGUUUCCAGGAUUCUACGACACCAUGGAUGCUGGUUUUUUGGAUGAGGAGGGCUUCCUUUACGUCAUGUCCCGGUCUGAUGAUGUCAUCAACGUGGCAGGCCACAGGCUCUCUGCUGGAGCAUUGGAGGAGUCAGUGCUGCAGCACUCUGCGGUGGGAGACUGCGCUGUGGUAGGGCUCGAAGACUCUCUGAAGGGUCAUGUUCCUUUGGCUCUGUGCGUGCUCAAGAAUGGUGUGCAGAAAACAGAAGAGGAGAUCAUAAAUGAGAUUGUGAAACUUGUGAGAGACACCGUCGGUCCAGUGGCUGCCUUUAAGAAAGUGCUCUUUGUCCGCGGGUUGCCAAAGACACGUUCUGGAAAGAUUCCUCGCUCCGCUUUAUCCAAUCUGGUCAAUGGCAAGCCCUACAAGAUAUCUCCAACUAUUGAGGACCCAGAGGUGUUUAAAGACAUCGAGAAGCAAAUAGAGAGAGCGUCCACACACAGUGCAGCCUGAGUUCAUCAGUGGGACAACAACUGGACAGUCUGAGCAGUUUUUGGCAACACAAAAGUCACUCCAUUGGUAAUAAGUGUGCGAAAAUGCUCACGCUACGCACAAAGUGCUGCAAAUGUGAGCCAAAUUUCUCAGUGAAAUAAGAAAUUUUUCUUGUUUUCUAAAUUAAGAAAAGGCAGACAAAGGCGUCUAACCUUUGGAAACCAUUCCAGAUCCACACAAGUGGAUUCUUAUUUUGAAUGGAUCAUACAGUUCGAUCUAGAAAUGACUGAAUAAUCAUUUUCAUGAUUUUGGCUCUUUAGGCCAUCAGAGAAGGACUGUCAUGAAACAAUAGUAACGCAACUAAAGUGCAGACUUCUGUGUUUAAUGCAAGGGGGUGAACAAAAACGUCAUAUGAAACAUUUAGCAUUUGUUAAUGUAGUCACUUAAUGUUACUAACAAAAGCUAAAUCCAAAUGAAUGAACAGAUAAUUUAGUCAUAAAGUUUUUAUAUUCGUGGUGCUAACGUGGAAGAUGAAUUUAGCUGUCUCAAAGCCUGAGGGAAGAAAACUGGGCUCUGUCCAGACACUUUUACCGAUUUCACUAAUGGUUGCUAGUUGGGGGCCACUUUCUUAUCUUUAUGGGUCGUGUUGAUAAACCCAUUUCUGAACCUUUCAGUUUGUGAACAUCCCAUUAUGGGAUGUUGUUUGUCCUUGUUUUGAUUUUUGGAUACAUUUUGGCUGCAGAGUUGGCAUUUUGUGGUGCUUUUUCUCACAAAGGCAUCACAAAUCUCUUGUAACACGCAAUGAAUUGCGUGUUACAAGAGAUUUUUCUUUAUCAUGGAAGGCCUUUUAGCAUGUAACCUAGCUUAUGAGGUCAUUGUCUUAAAUCAACUCCCCCACUGUAUCUUUGUUUUUUGCAUCUUGAGCAUGGUGUUGCUCCUUUAUACGACAGAUUGAGGGUUCGCUGCAUCAGCAAAGUGCUGCACUUUCACCUGCUUAAUUGAUAAAAAUUCACACCUGUCCAUGAGCUCUUAAAACUUUUGUCCAAUUACCCUUGCGCACUUAAAAAAUAGGUGGCUACAUAUUAAAGUUCCCAAACAUUUGUUGAAUUUUUAUGUGAAUAACCCCAAAUUAAAACAGAGUCUGCACUUUAGAUCCAUAUUCAAAUGUAACUGUAUGAAUAUGUUUUGUUAAAAUGCUAAAAAAACAAAACAAAACUGAAAUUGUCCAACUAUAUCUGGACCUAACUGUAUGUGCGGGGUGUAACAAUUUUCCAAAAACAGGUCAGUUUUCAGGCCACAGCUUUGGGUUUAUACCUCAGUUUGUCUUUAAAAGGGGAGCAAUACCAUAAAAGGGGGGGAAAUAUUUUUUACUACAGAACAAAAAGUAAAUGACACACACACACAAAACAACAGCAACAAGAUCAGUGGUGUAAACAAGCCCCCUAUACUGCUACUAUAUGUAUAUGUAAUUUUUUUUUUUAAAAGUCCGUCCAAUUAACGCACAAUCAGGCUGUGAGAUCUAACUGAACAACUAACCCUGUGUUAUCAGAAUUAAAUUAUUAAUAUUCUGAUGAAGGUUAUUAUAGUUAAAACUACAACUAGAGGUGAAAAAAAAGUUGACUGAAAUUCAAAGCUAGACUUUUGAAAAAAUAAAAGCUGAAAUGAUUGUGAAAUUCAACUAAAAUAAAAACAUAAGACAUAGUUUUAAUAUUUGGUGGUUUAAAUUUAA